GCGUUUAGCCCGAGGGAAGUGAUGGAGGGUUUUGAGCUUCGAAUUCGGUUUUAUUUUAUCCCAUUCAACUCACUCGCCACUGGAGACACCAUAACCCCUCGCCCAGGUUUCCCCCUUGAGAAUGCCCGCCUCUGCGCAGAAGCCCCUCAGGAACGCCGCCCGGUCGCCCGCCGCGUCCCGGCGGCGCUCCGUCGGCGACCAGCUACCUUGUGACGUCACCGAGGGAAGAGGCGGGUUCUCCCGCCACCGGAAGACGCCUGCUCUUUUGAUUGGCUGGUCAGGACGUCGGUUAGGGCGUGUGGUCCUUUCCUUGUGCGCUCCGAGCGUGGGCGUCCCGCUGGGGGUGUGUGGCAGGGGUUUCCAGACCCGGCACCUGCACCCUAGCCCCUUCCAUCAGGGGUUCGGCCCAGGGUCGCCCCUGGCGGGCGGCUCGCGAAUCUUGAAGAACAGCCACGCAAACCCGGAGCGUCCCGGGGCUGCGGAGGUCCCCUGGGCGGGCUGGAAGAUGGCGGCAGCAUCGGUCUCUGAGACUUCGGCUUCUCAGUUCUCGAACAUCUUAGCAGAACCAUCAAAGUCUAAUGGAAGUAUGGUUCGCCAUUCCUCAUCUCCAUAUGUAGUAUAUCCACCCGAUAAGCCUUUCCUUAACAGUGAUCUGCGACGCUCCCCAAAUAAGCCUACAUUUGCCUAUCCGGAAAGCAACAGCAGAGCUAUAUUUUCUGCUCUGAAGAAUCUUCAAGAUAAAAUUCGACGUUUAGAACUUGAAAGGAUUCAGGCAGAAGAAAGUGUGAAAACCUUGUCUAAAGAAACAAUUGAAUAUAAGAAAGUAUUGGAUGAACAGAUACAAGAAAGGGAGAAUUCAAAGAAUGAGGAAUCAAAGCACAAUCAAGAACUGACAUCUCAGUUGUUAGCUGCAGAAAAUAAAUGUAAUCUUUUAGAAAAACAAUUGGAAUACAUGCGGAACAUGAUAAAGCAUGCAGAAAUGGAGAGGACAUCUGUAUUAGAGAAACAGGUCUCCCUAGAAAGAGAACGACAACAUGAUCAAACACAUGUUCAAAACCAACUUGAAAAAUUGGAUCUUCUUGAACAGGAGUAUAACAAGCUUACCACAAUGCAAGCCCUUGCAGAAAAAAAAAUGCAAGAGUUGGAAGCAAAACUCCGUCAGGAAGAACAAGAAAGGAAACGAAUGCAAGCUAAGGCAGCCCAGUUGCAGACUGGUCUAGAAGUAAAUAGACUUAUCUAUCAAGAUAAGGCAACUUCAUGUGUUCCCAAUACAAAAAGAAUUAAAAAAAAGAAGUCAAAACCACCAGAAAAGAAGGGUUCUAGGAACUAUUUUGCUAUACAGCCACAUUAUCGAUUAUGCUUGGGUGAUAUGCCAUUUGUAGCUGGAAAGUCCACCAGCCCCAGCCAUGCGGUGGUAGCCAAUGUUCAGCAUGUCCUGCAUCUAAUGAAGCAACACAGUAAAGUCUUGUGCAAUGAUCGAGUAGUCAGCAGUAUUCCUUUGGCAAAACAAGUGUCUUCACGAAAUGGGAAGAGCAAGAAGUCAGCAACGCCUCCCUCCUCUAGCAGUGUUAAUGAAGAGCUGUCUGAAGUCCUGCAGACUUUACAAGAUGAAUUUGGGCAAAUGAGCUUUGAUCACCAGCAGCUUGCAAAACUUAUCCAAGAAUCACCAACUGUUGAACUGAAAGACAACCUAGAGUGUGAACUGGAGGCAUUAGUGGGAAGGAUGGAGGCAAAAGCCAAUCAAAUAACUAAAGUUCGAAAAUACCAAGCCCAGCUGGAGAAACAAAAGUUGGAGAAGCAAAAGAAGGAAUUAAAAGCCACCAAAAAGACUCUUGAUGAGGAAGCAAACAGCAGCAGCCGUUCUACAACCACGGGGACCACAAAUAAGAAGGACUUUGCCAAACCGAGACCUGGAGAAAAAAGCAGGAAAAAUCUUCAGUUAUUGAAAGAUAUGCAAUCCAUACAGAAUUCAUUACAAAGCAAUAGUUUGUGUUGGGAUUACUGACUGUUACCAGGUCAUAAAUUUUAUUCACAUAAUCUGUACCUCAUCAAUCAGAUAUUGACUUUCCAGGUCUCAUACUCUUAUGUUGAAAUUAAAUAGCAGACAUUUAGGGACCCAGGCUUCAUUACACAGGCUUCUUUUGCCACACAUCACAACUAAAUGUUAAGCCAUCUAAACGGAAACUGGGGGUAGUUUCAAAGGCCAAGAAGCCACACAUACUGUUCCUUUGUUUGAGAUGAAUUUGCUGUACUGAGAUAUUGCACUUUGUAAACAAAUUACCAAUUUUUUACUUGUGGGUGUGAUUUUUUUUAAUAAUUCUAUAAGUAAAAUUAGGUUUAAAUUUGAUCAAAGUAUGAGGCCAUCCCAUAGGCAGUGUUUGUUUGAAAACUCUCAUUUUUAAAUCUUGGCAUGAAUCGCCUGCUUUUGCUUUUCAAUACAACCAUUAAAUAAUAUGCUCCAUUUCGACUACUGAUGGAGGUUUUCUGUAUUUAAAUAUUUAUAAGUAUUUAAGACGAUUGCUUUGUUUUGCUUUUUGACAUUACAGACAUUGGUCAGUAUUAAAUACACUUGCAUUGAUGUUAAUUCACCAUUAAAAUUUUUAAAGAUGCAUUCAUUUUAAAUCAGUUAAAUGUGAAAAUCACAAAAGCAUUUUUAAAACUAUAAACAAAUUGUUAAUGACGUAAAUGAGGUUUUGGAAUGAAGAGAGAAAGGGAGGUGUUGUAAAGUAGAUAUACAUAUGUAUUUUUAGAUAAUACCUGUUUGUAAUCAUGCUAUUCAUUUCAAGGCAUUAUUGUUUUUAAUCUUAAACUCAAAAUCCCUUGAUUAUUUUGUGUACAGUGUGAGUGCAGUAUUAACUGUACACAUGUAAUUGUCAUUGUUAAUAAUGUGAAUCAUAGUUUUGAAUAGUUCAAGACAUGUUAACUUUAUAAAUUUGCCACUGAAAUCAAUAAAACAGCUUUUUUAAGGAAACACUGAAAUUUUCCUUAGCAGCCUGUUAAUAAAGGCUUUAUUUGUUGUAAUCUCUCAAAAAAAUACAUUUUUAAAUAGACCAUUAAUCUCUUACGAGAAACAGUAAGAAUAUAUGUUAUUUAAUACAUAAUUUGCCUUUUUCAUGCUUACAUAGAAACCAAGUCCAGCAAAACUGAAGUAUCUCACAUUAUAUAAGAUACUCUGUUAUUGUUAAGUCUCAGUCACGUCUAACUUUUUGCAACCCCAUGAACCUGCAGCACGCCAGGCCUCCCUGUCCUUCACUAUCUCCCGAGUUUCCUUAAACUCUUGUCUGUUGAGUCAAUGAUGCCAUCCAGCCAUCUCAUUCUCUCUCACCCCUUUCUCCCCCUGCCUUCAAUUCCUCCCAGCAUCAGGGUCUUUUCCAAUGAGUCAACUCUUCGCAUCAGGUGGCCAAAGUAUUGGAGCUUCAGCAUCAGUCCUUCCAACGAACACCCAGGACUUAUCUCCUUCAGGAUGGACUGGUUGGAUCUCCUUGCAGUCCAAGGGACUCUCAAGAGUCUUCUCCAGCACCACAGUUCAAAAGCAUCCAUUCUUCGGCGCUCAGCUUUCUUCACAGUCCAACUCUCACAUCCAUACAUGACCACUGGAAAAACCAUAGCCUUGACCAGAUGGACCUUUGUUGGCAAAGUAAUGUCUCUGCUUUUUCUUAUGCUGUCUAGGUUGGUCAUAACUUUCCUUCCAAGGAGCAAGCAUCUUUUAAUUUCAUGGUUGCAGAUUUUGGAGCCCAAGAAAAUAAAAUGUCAUGGUUUCCAUUGUU